GUCCUCUUUAAACCUCCUGUUGAUACAAUAAUAUUAAACAUGCGGGACCGUCACAGUCGUCACACACACAUACGCGCUAACAGUUUCAUUUAUAGUAAUAAUAAUAAUAAUAAUAUCGUGGGUAAUCACUUAUCUGUGUUCGUCUGAUGAUAAUAUAAUAUUUGAAAUUAAAUAUUUUAUAAUAUUCUAGUAAAUCGUAAUAUUCGUAAUACCAUAAGUGUUUUCGUUGUUUGUGAGUUGUGACACUUGUGAUAACUGAUACGUCUCCGCUUCUUUGGCCCCCAGCUAUAGAUUACUAAUAACAACAGACACCAGUAUCUGAUCGUCAUUGUAUUCCGCUGGUCCUCGUAGCAUACGCUGUUCCGUCGUACUAAAUGAUUAUCGUUUCUUACAGCGGAUACUCUAAUGGACUAUUACAGGAUGUGUCAACGGUUUGGCUUGAGCUCAGUGCCCAGUCCUGACGGCCGAUUCACUAUUGAUGAGCUUAUCGGCGAAGGCACCUACGGCGAAGUGUUCCGAGCUAAAGACACAACUACUGGAGAAUUCGUUGCCAUUAAAAUAUUAGAAGAUAUUACGGGCAACGAAGAAGAAAUUGAAGAUGAAUACUUAGCAUUGAGAGACCUCAGUCUGCAUCCAAACAUUCCUUCAUUUCAUGGAAUCUACUUUGUGAAAGGUUCUAAACAACUCAAUGACCAACUAUGGUUUGUUAUGGAACUAUGUCAAGGAGGAUCGGUGACCGAUUUGGUACAUGGACUAAAAGCCCAAGGAAAACAAUUAACCGAAGAUCAAAUUGCAUAUAUUUUACAUGAAACAUUACAGGCUUUAGCAUUCUUACAUCGUAAUCACUGUAUGCAUCGUGAUGUAAAAGGACAUAAUAUUCUUUUAACUGAAGAUGGACAAGUGAAAUUAGUCGACUUUGGAGUUUCUUCACAUUUAGGAGCUACAAUGGGACGGCGUGAUACAUCAGUAGGAACACCUUAUUGGAUGGCACCAGAGGUGAUUGCUUGUGAACAACAACGGGAUUCGUCAUACGAUAGUAGAUGUGAUGUAUGGUCGUUGGGCAUAACGGCCAUAGAAUUAGCUACUGGAGAUCCUCCGCUCAGUGGAUUGCAUCCGAUGAGGGCUUUAUUUCAAAUACCGCGGGAACCGCCACCCGUCUUGCCGUUGUCGGCUCGACCGGAUGCGCCCAAACUGACGCACUUCGUGGCGAGAUGUCUGAUCAAAGAUUUCGAACAGCGACCGACCACCGCCAUACUGCUACACGACCCUUUCGUCGUUCACGGGGCAAAGUGCAUCCACAGGGUGCGUGAAGAACUCAAAGCUGAAAUACGAUAUCAAAGAGAAGUCAGCGGUAGAGUGCAAAAGCAUCCUGACGUGACCACUAAACAUGGUAAACUAAAAAGUAAACGCAAAAAUCCUCCAACUACCAUUUAUGUCGAUGACUUAGCCGCGCUAGACAGUCUGUCAGAGGAGAGAAUAGUCAAUCAACUGAAAAAAAGAUAUCAGAUGAAUUUAAUCUAUACUUAUAUUGGAGAUAUUCUGUUGGCCAUAAAUCCGUUCACUCCGCUUCCAUUAUACACGUCAGCGGAGCAAAUGAAAUACUGUAACCAAAUGAGAGCAGCRUAUCCACCUCACAUAUUUGCGAUAGCUGAUUCAGCAUAUCAAUUUAUGCUCCAUGAAAAGGCCAACCAAUCCAUAGUKAUCAGUGGAGAAAGUGGUGCCGGAAAAACUGAAUCUGGUAACCUGUUGCUCAAACAACUCGUGUACCUUGGCAAGGCACCAAACAGAAAUCUAGAACAAAGAAUACUCCAGAUGAACCCAAUUAUGGAAGCAUUCGGAAAUGCUAGAACUGGAAUCAAUAAUAAUUCUUCAAGAUUCGKUAAAUUUUUGGAGCUGAGCAUGACCAAAAGCGGCCAAUUGACAGGAGCUAGAGUGUCAGUUUACCUACUAGAACAGUCAAGAGUCAUUCAACAAGCGAAUAGAGAGAGUAAUUUCCAUGCUUUUUACUAUAUUUACGACGGAUUAGAACACGAUAAAAGGCUCAAAGAGUUUCAUUUGGAUCGUGAGCUACGGCAAAUGCAUAGUUAUCUUCCAUCUGACCGUCAAGACAACAAAACAAAACAAAAUAAUGUGGAUAAGUUUGCUCAACUGAAAAAUGCUUUUGAACAAGUUGGUUUCAAAGACGAAGAAGUAAAUUCUAUAUACUGCAUUUUAGCAGCGAUCUUGCACUUGGGUGAUAUAGAAUUUGGAGAAAUCAUCACUGAUAACAAUACAGACAACAAAAGUACUGUUAUUGAUUUAACACCAAUCCAUAGAACUUCGUGUUUGUUAGACAUUGAAAGUUCAGAUCUAUUAGAAUGUUUGAGUGUUAACAGUGUAGUAACAAGAGGUGAGAUUAUUCAAAGGAAUAAUUCUGUAUCAGAAGCUGUAGCUACAAGAGAUGCAAUUGCCCGGGCUUUGUACAGUCGAUUAUUUGAUUGGUUGGUUAACUCAAUCAAUAGCUUAUUGUCUUUUUAUAAUACCAGAGGAGAAUACAAUGUGAUAGGAAUACUUGAUAUUUUCGGUUUUGAAAAUUUUACGUACAAUUCUUUUGAACAACUUUGUAUAAAUAUUGCUAAUGAGCAACUUCAAUAUUUUUUUAACCAACAUGUUUUUGCUUUGGAACAAGCUGAAUACGAAUCAGAGGGUGUCCCUGUUCAACAUGUUGGGUUUUGUGACAACAGACCUGUAUUAGAUAUGCUUGUAAGUAGACCAAUGGGCUUACUGGCAUUACUUGACGAGGAAAGUCGUUUUCCUAGAGCAACAGAUCGAUCACUAGUUGAAAAAUUCCAUUGCAACAUCAAAUGUAAUUAUUAUGUACGGCCAAAAUCAAAUGCUUUACAAUUUGAAGUGAAACAUUUUGCUGGCAAUGUUACUUACCAAGCUUCGGGGAUGCUAGAAAAGAAUAGGCACCUGUUAGCUAUAGAAGCUAUUCAGGUAUUAAGAAAAUCCAGCAAUAAAACUGUUCGAGCAUUAUUCCAAAGUCCAGUUACCAAAACUGGCAAUCUUUAUUCUCAAGAYUCAUCUACAGGGUUAGUUGGACUUGCUUCACAAUCUCGAGGCCAGCAAACUGCAGCAACAUAUUUUAGACAUUCAUUAGCUGAACUGUUACAUCGUAUGGGCUGUAACAAUUCUGGUAUAAGCUUGCCUAGGUUUGUUCGUUGUAUCAAACCAAAUGAUCAACGACAACCAAAACAAUUUGAUCCUCUUAAAGUCGUUACACAAUUACGCUGUAGUGGAGUCAUGGAAACGAUUAGAAUAAGACGAAAUGGAUAUUCACAUAGGCUACUAUUUAAAGAUUUUAUAAACAGGUAUUCAAUUUUAGGGUUUCGAUUGUAUGAGAAAGUUCCACCAACUAGAGAUAAUUGUAGACAUUUGUUGGUCAAGUUAAAAUUAGAUGGUUGGGCAAUUGGAAAAACAAAAGUAUUCUUAAAGUAUUAUCAUAUUGAGCACUUAACUAAAUUACAUGAAAAACAACUACGUCACAUAAUAUUUGUACAAAGUUGUGUUCGGCGGUGGCUAGCAAUGAAACAUUAUAAGGAAACUGUGUUAGCUAGACAAAUGUCAUGGGGAGCAUUAACAUUACAGAAACACACCAGAGGAUGGCUUGCCAGACAAAAGAAGAAAAAGUCGAAAGGAGAAAUACCUGUUGGUGAAGUGGCCCCAAUAUACAGGCAGGAACCUAAAGAAAACGAUCAUCCUAUUAAAAAUCAAAAUAAAGUUAGCCCAGUUAUUGUAGCAGAAAAUAAAAAAACCUAUAUCCAACAAAAUGGUGUUAAGGUGUUGCCAUGUAAAGUACAACAAAAAGUGGAAAGAGAAAAGCAUUUGAUUGAUUUUUCAAAAAAUGUUCACGCUCGCAACAAAGAAUUCUUCAAGUUGAUUAAGAAAACAAACAUUUCUGUUUGUUUGAACAAUUUGAAAGAUCUUAAUACAACUGGUCAGGUAUGCACGCACUUGUACAAUUAUGGUAAAUAAUUCAAUUAGAUGCAUUUGAUGCAUGUAAUAUGUGCGCAAUUAGAAAAGUAGACUCAAGCCAUUCAUAACAAAUAAUAAUAAUUAUAUUGGCUAUUUGUGUAGGACUUUGAAUAAUAUCAAAU